CAGCCAACCUUCCAGUUCUCCGCCCUACGGAGAGGCGGACCUGUGCGCCAUGAGGUCACAGCCGCGCCGGGGGCAGCUCCGAGGAGUUUAGUAAGGGGGACUCUGGAGAAGGACGGCCGCAGACGGUGCUAUUGGCUGGGAAGAUGGCGGUGAACAGGAACCACUCGGAGGGCGGUGGGGUUAUCCCGCCCAACGGAGAGAGCAUUCUUAAGCAUUGCAAAGAUGUGGAGCUGACCUUCUCAGAUGUGACUGGCAAACCAGAGAUCUUCAAAGGCACCAAGAAAGGAAUGGUGUUCCUCACUCCUUAUAGGGUUAUUUUUGUGUCCAAGGGCAAGGACCCAAUGAUGUCUUUCAUGAUGCCAUUCUACCGGGUGAAAGGAUGCUCCAUUGAACAGCCAGUAUUUUCUGCCAAUUAUAUCAAAGGAGUGAUAGAAGCAGAACCAGGAGGUGGCUGGGAAGGGCAGGCUUCAUUUAAGAUGAGUUUCUUCAGUGGAGGCGCCAUAGAAUUUGGGCAACUGAUGUUCAAACUUGCUAGUGAUGCUUCUAGGGGAGUGCCUGCCCAGAGUUUUGGCUAUGGGUAUGCACCUGUUCCUGGGGGAUAUGCCCCUUCACCUUUUCCAGGAGGCUAUGUACCUGCACCAGGAAGCUAUGCUGCACCACCACCGGCUGGACCAUACGGUUAUAUGCCUGCACAAAUGAAUGGAUAUGGAUCUGCUGCACAACCAAUGGGAUAUCCAUAUGCACCUCCUCCAGGCAUGUAUCCGCCACCUCCUGGGAUGAACUCCAUGUAUAUGGCUCCUCCUCCCCCAUACCCAGGCCCUUCUGCUGUAGGACCUUCAGCCCCGACUGAGGCAGGGCCUUCAGCCCCUAGAACCUGGACAGAGCCAGGGAUGCCAGGUGGCAACAAAGCAGCAGAGGCGACUUCCAGUGCAUAUUAUAACCCAGCCAAUCCUCACAACGUCUACAUGCCUAUGGAUCAACCACCUCCUUAUUCAUCACCUGAUGAGAAAAAGAAGAACUGACAAGAACCCAGGAGCCACCCUCCCAUGUUUUUGUCCUAGAAGACUGUGCCAUUGCCGCCACCGCCUCCAUCUCUAGGUCAUCCUGUGUCACUAACCUGCACAAUGUUGGGUGACUCUUAACACCCACUGUUCUUGAAAUUUUCCUUGUGGCAAUACAGAAGAGCAGUGACAGUAAUGCUUUCCUGAGUACUUGCUUUCUCUGAGGCCAGAAUAGGACUGUUUUAGCCCUUAGUUUGAAGGGAGAGGUGAAAUAUGCAUAAUGCAAAUGAAUCUGCUUCAUAUAUAUAAGGAUGAAAUACUGAAGCUCUUUCUUUGAAACAAAAACACUUGCAUAACAACACACAGAAAUGAGCAUGUCAGGAGUGUUCUCCCAUGCAUCUCUGCAUGUCCAUUGACAUCAGUGUGGCAUGUUACAAAUGCUUAACUCCAUGCAAUUUAAUGCAUGAGAAGGAAUUUUAAAUACUUGAGGCGUAUCUAUUUCCUGGGACAGUAGCAGGGAGGACUUUAGAGGAAACUCUCUAAUGAUAUACUGAAAAAGAUGGCCUCAGGGAGGAAACCAAAAGGCUAACCAGUAGUCAUUUUGAAUAAGUAGCUGCAUCUCCAGGUUACUGUUAUAAAGAAUUAGGGCUCUGCAACAAUGAUCUCUACACUUUUGCAAUCUAUCUCUUACAAAAUGGAUGACUGUGUAAAAUCAUGCAUGGUAAUCUGCUUUCUCUUUUGACUGGUUGAUGUCUCUAAAAGUGUAUCCUGUCUUUUGGUGUAGGGACCAGAUUGUCUGUCUGCCCAUCUUAAUUUGUAUUUAAGCAAAAGGUAUAAAAUCUGGACAGAAAUAAGAGCAAUCCUCAGCCAUUAAGCAUUCUGGGAAUACGACCCAAGCAGAAUGUCUUGGUCUCCUGGAACCAGCCUGAUCCUUACCCAGAGUUGCUUGGUACCCAAUAGCAGCCAGUCUAGCAGAGUAUAUUUAAUAGGAGAGUACUUUAUAGAAAACAAGCUAUUGUAGCAAAGUCCUGAGAUGGAUGGUGAAGCCAUUUCUCUUUGUUCUGCAGGUUGAGUUAGGCACUGAUAUAACCAUAAAGCACUAUGUGGUGGAAACUAUGAAAUUUACUCUUCAAUACAGAAAGGCAUGUUGGGAUAAGACUUUUGUUUCUGAACAAUGUUGGAGGAGAUGGCAAACUUGAGUAAGACACUUGCCAGCAAGCAGUGCAGAGGCAAUUCAUGUUACAAUAUUGUAGUUACCUCAGCUUUUUGCUGGUUAACUUUGACUUUUCACAUGCUAAUUCCACUUCUAUUUGUUCCAAAGGGAACUCUUGCUCCACCAAUGUAACAGAGAAUAUAAAUACACAAAACCUAAUCUCUUAGGAUCACUUUCCCCCUCUUCUGUAGGGGCUGAAUUUGACAAGAACAGUUCAAGUCAUAAAUUACUAUGUGUUCAUGGACCCCUUUCUAUCCAUCUUCCCUUUAGUAACUGAGCAUAUUACUCAGUAUAGCAGGCAUAGGAUGAACUUUUCUAAUAACCGUUUUAAUCUGAAUCCAAGAGGCUUAGCUUUCCAUAACUUGAUAUUUACCUCUGUUUGUAAUAUUUUUGGAUUGCACUUUAAUACAGAAGUAUUGAAAUCUU